ACAGUGUGCAGCAGCAGAGAACAGUAGAGGCAGAGCUGUCGGAGAUCCGUCAGGGGGAUUAUUCAGAAAACCUGCUGCUGGAGCGAAGCAUCACACACAGACACUGAUUACCAGACGGCUGCGUGCAUGGUCUGAUGAGUUCCCUGUCUGCCGGCUCAGAGAUGCAGACGCCUGCUCUCGGCCCCCAGUUCAUUGCGGGGCCUCAGGCUAAGGUGCCGGGCCGAAAGAGGGGACGGCCUCCUGUCCAAAAGCUUGAGUUCCAGAGUCACUACGUUGAACCUCUGUCCCCUAUCAAGGUCCCGAAAAAGAGAGGCAGAAAACCUGGAUUUAAGCUGAAGCCCAGGAUGGUGAUGUCCCCACUCGCCAACUCACCUCCCAGCAGCACACCAGAACCUGAGCUGGGCUCCAUCCCACAGGAUGCUGCUAUUGUCCCCCACUCUGCCACACCACAGGUCCUAACAGCAGAGACAUCAAUGCCUGAUGACUUCUUAUGUGACCCACCGGUGGACUCCAAGCGCUACGCUGUAGACCCCAGUGACUCCGCCUUCAAUGUCAUGACAUCACAAUACCCACCAAAGCAGUCCUAUGGUUACCGUGGCAGCAGUUGCUCUACAUCAGUGGGCUUGUGCAGACAAGCAUCCAGCCCGGGAAACUUCCAGGAAGCAAACAGGAAUGUAGCCUACAGUCCGAUGCAAGACCCUGGAGAGUCUAAGCGUCCUGCUGGUAAGGAUCCGUCCCGUUGGGGUGUUGAGGAGGUCAUUUGGUUCAUCAAAGAUGCUGACCCCCAAGCCUUGGGACCCCACGCUGAGGCAUUCAGGAGGCAUGAGAUAGAUGGAGAUGCUCUGCUCCUACUGAAAAGUGAGAUGAUGAUGAAGUAUCUGGGACUAAAGCUGGGACCAGCACUUAAACUAUGUUAUCACAUUGACAGGCUUAAACAGAAUCGGUUGUGAUUUGCUGCAGAGGAGCCGAGCGGCUUUCACUAAAACUGUAUCACUGCUCAUUCUCUCAAACAUUCUGAACCAUCUGCAAUACAUAAUGGACACCUUUGGAUCCUUUUUAUUUUAUUUACUGACAAACUGGACUAUUGGCUAAAGCCGAAGAAUUUUUUAUUAUUUCCAUAGUACCUAAAUGGUUUUAGAUAAUAAAUAGUUAGGCUCCACCAAGAUGGCAGCUGCUAUAUACUCUAUAUUGCAAUGUCACCUGUCCUAUCUGCUGUCUGCACAAAGCUUCAGUGAAUCCGACUUUCAACAGCAAGAAUUUGUGCAGAUCAGAAACAGGGAGCUUUACAAACUUGUAUGGUGCUUUACCUCAAUAUCAUUUAAUCUUAAAGAGUACAUUAGGUUGAGGCACAAUGCUGCUGGAGUUUUAAAAUAAUAGUUUUGUUAGUUAGUUGUUGAAAAUGGAUGAUGUUGACCCAGGAAUAACCCCUUUACACAAACUGUAACCAAUCUAUCAAAUUCUUCUCAAAUUAUUGCAAUCUUUUGACUUUUUUGACAUACUAGAACAUGGAAAACAGCAUCAGAAACAAGUAAUUUGCAGCAUGAGCAUUUUACCACAAAUAACAACACAACAAUGAAGCGAUAAGGCAUCAGAGCUAUGUAUAACCACACAGCUCUCAUACUGACAGGAUGCAAAGGAGACAGACACCCAUUUUCUCAUGAUUUUUACAUCACGUGUCACUGAAGAGAAAGUAACUUGCAGCAAACUCAUAGCAAACUCAUACAGUACAAUUUGGUGCUCACUGAAAUAGUUAUUGCCACUACAAACACAGUACUUUACAAUUUCAUCACUAUAUCAAGAUAAUACUAGAGUUUUCAUUUUGCCCAUGAAAUGCUUCUACAGUCAUUUUAAACAUAAAUGCCUCAGAGUUAUGUUUCUUUCUACCCUCUGAAAAAGCAGUAUCUCCACAAAAUGAAAAGACUAUUGAGUUAAAUAUCACUAGCAUUAACAAUUUUUGCUGCCACCAAAUAGAUUUUUGUUUUUUGUUUUUUUAAUGAAAUUGUAUAAACAACUGGUUUAUAUGUUGAUGGUCACAUGUAGUAUAAAACAAACUACUUGUGUAUAGAUCCAAUGCUUUUUUACUUACUGUACAAUAUUUGUUACUUACUUUAAAUUUUGUGUUUCAUGUGUUGAGCUUAAAUUUGUGCAACAGAUUUAUGAGAGUGCAGCAUGUAUAUGUAUGUAUGAAUUCUGUAAUUCAUGACAUUAUUGAGCCCCAGGGAGCUAAUGGGCUGCAUUUAACUGCUAUUGAAUUUGGUAUUUUAAUUACCUAAUAUGAUACCUUGAUAUAAGUGAUAAAUAAGAAAGGAAGAACCUGUGUUGCAAAAGAACCCCUACUUUAAAGCUAGAAAUCUCCAAAUGUGUUACACUUAAAAAAAAAAAAAAAAAAAAAUCAGGCCUGUGAACUACAUUUGAUCAAUUUCAAGUCCUGAUGACCUUCCUUUUCUGUUUAAUGUCAAGUUUUUUAAAAACAUCUUUUUAAGACAAAAUAAAACUUAAUGUUCAAUGUG